UGGUGCAUGGGUUUCCAGAUGCGUCUCCAUUUGCCAUGAUGGAUUGUCCAAAAAAGCCAGACUCUUGGCCAAACUGCCUAGUCCUCACGAAUAUUCCACCUGAGACACAAGACGACCUCAUCAAGAACUAUGCUGAGGUGAUAUGUAAACGGAACGUGACGUCCUUUAACCGCCAAAAAAUCUGCCCUUCUGUUGCCGUGGUUCAAUUUGAAACAGCGGUCACGGAUCAAGAUAUUAGCGCUUGGGAAAGGCGUCUAGAGGAGAAACGGCUGUGUAGAAAUCGCGUUACGAUUCAAGCUUUGGGACAGCCAAACGGAGUGGUUGUAAAAAAUGUUCCGCACGAUGUUACAGACGAGCUUUUAGAAUUGUACUUCGAGAACAAACGAUCCGGGGGACUAGACGGUAGCGUUAUUGACGUUGAUAAUAAAGCGAACGGAACUUACGUAGUUAGGAUCAAUGAUCUGUCCGCUGUUAAAUCGAUACUGUCAAAGGAAGGUCAUACUAUUAAUGGGGCGGAUGUAAUGGUUUAUCCAUUGUUCGAAACGUUACAUCGCCAUUUGCUCAAAACUAAGAACGAUCAACAAUUUAAAUGCCACCUGAUUGAACAGCCAUGGUCAUCUUUCAAAACAGCAGACGGCCCGAAGUUGAUACCGCCUGUCCCGACUAGACCGACGGGUUUAAGAAUAGGAGACACAAGUCAAAUGCCUAUGGAACACAAGAUUGAUUUGUUUGAAAACGCAGCUCCGUUAAUUGAUCAUGAACCUCAUCCUGUCGAAAGAAAACGCGUUUUUCCAUCAUCGUCCUUUCAAAACAUGGAUGUUCCUGUACAGGUUCCUCCAAUAAUAUUGGGUAGUCGAGUUUCUGGAAACGUCGGUAUAGGCCGACAGUUUAACCGAGGACAACGUGAAAGAAGCAAUUCGGGUGGUGAGAGGAAAGACUGUCGGUCUGAGAUAUCGCUCCCUCAUUAUAAGGUCAUUUUACUUAUCAUCAAUGGUUUUGGAUCUAAACAGCUGAACAGUGGAACUGUCAGUUGUAACACUGAUGAAAAGGCAGGAAAAGUAAUAAUAUGCGCUACUACAGAGGAAGAGCUCAAAUCCGUAGAAAUAAACCUGUAUGAAUGUCUCAGUGAAGUGAAAAACAAAGAAAAGAUCAUUCAAGCAGAGUUAGCACAGUUUCUCAACACAGCUGAGUGCAAGGAGUGCUUGAGAACUAAGCUUCGAAAUGCAAAGAUACAAGCAGCAUUUGAAAUACAGACGGACAUGCAUUUAAAUAAGAUAGUCAUGUAUGCCUUUAUCGCAGAUGAACUUAAAAGAGCGCUUGAGUUUAUUGACGACUGCCUGACUGUAAAAGAAUUGGCUCUAACGAAAGGUAUUGAUAUUAAGUCUCUUGAAAUGACGGUCACUGGAAUGACAUCUGCUAACCACACCACGAAAGUUUAUCCGAGUUCGUCAGGAAUUUUUAUCUGUAGUUUUUCUAAAACAAUAGCGGAUGAUUUUGAAAAUAAGCUCUUGAAAAACAUUCAGAGUACAAGACCAAAACUUGCUGGCCAUGUGGAACUAUAUAGAGCAAAGGCAAGAUGUUUCAAAAAAUGUUAUUUGCAAAAUGUGGAGUCUGCCAUGAGCCAAAGGAAGGGUAGCAUCACGUGGACUGAAACAGGACAUGGUGCAGAAUAUAAGCUCGUGGUUAACGUUGAAGGGGAUGAAGAUGACAUUAAAUUCAUCGAAUCGAGAACCAAUAAAAUUUGGAGUGAAAAUUUUGAUUUUAAGGAAGUUUGCACCGACGAUGCCGACAUUUGGCUGUUGAUGACGGGCUUUAAACCUGGAUUGAAACACGAUUUUCUUACAACAUGUGAAGAAAGAUUCAACUGUUGGCUCGAUGUCUCGAAGGAAGGGGAGAUUAUUCCGCCUACAAAAGGUCGAUCGAGGGUGUCAGUAGAUUCCGAGGUCGUUUUCUCGUCGGAUCAAAGUAGUUCAAGCGAAUCUGAGGGCAUAGGAUCUCAUCCUGAGAAUAUUCAAGACAUGGAACAAUUGUUGGCUGUUCGUGCAAAACCGAGGAGCGGUAGAAACAAUUUGACUAAAUUCCAGCCUCCAGAUUUAUCUGACGAGGUAGCAUUGCAAGCAGUCUUGCGCGAGUCUCUAAGGUCAUCGGGUGAAAUGUCUCUUACAGAAGGGUUGUACAGAUCCCAUGAUCAAGAGUUCCGAAAUAGACGUCAGUCAUCAUCGCCACUUUCUUACAGUGAAACUAUUUCAGGCGUGAGCAUAGUUAUCAAAAAAGGUGAACUCGUAAAAGAACAUGCCGAUGUGCUGGUUAACAUUUUGUCCCCAGAUAUGCAACUCAGAGAGAGUAUUGUGUCGAAAGUCUUCCUGGAAUCAUGCGGACAAAGGCUGCAAAUGGAAUUUGAUUCAGCAGUGCGGACGCCUGUGAUAACUACAACAGGCUGCGGCCUUGGGUGUAAAGACAUUCUUCAUGUCGGUCUGAAAAAGGGAAGAAACUGCGAGUGCGUCUCCGAGGUUAUGAAGAUGAUUUUGGACUCGAGUGAAAAUUUACAAUGCCAAUCGCUUGCAAUGCCACCACUAGGAGGCGGCCAGUUAUACCAAUAUCCAAUUCAAUCUGUUGCCUCACUGAUGUUUCAAGUUAUGACUGAUCAUUUUCAACAAGGCUCCUCUUUACAGACGAUAACCGUUAUGGCUUACGACAAAGGUACGUUUGAUGAAUUAAAAACUGCCCUUGCGCAAGUACGAUCAUCAUCACCAGGUUCCAGGCACCAAGGGCCACAACACGCAAUGACUAUCGCGUCGAAUUUGCACGGUCAAAUUGGUUUGCAGAGACCUCAGGUGCGGCAAUUUAAUGCACCUCCGAACAACCAAUUUGUUCGCAGGCAGAACGAUAAGCCAUUACAACACCGGCAUAGUGAACCUGAUAUAAGAUCUAGACAGACUUCAAUCAAGACGUAUCAUGAGACACAUGCACAGUCUCGCGUAUCAGAGCGACGAGGACGGCAACACUCGAAACGUUCACAGAAUAAAAAAAGGGCCCCAUACUACAGCAAAACAGACAAAAUCACAAUCAAGGUGUUUGCGAAAAGUAAGGACGAAUGUAUAAAGGCUAGGAGUAAAAUCAGUGAAACAAUGAGGGAUGAACUUCUGUUAGAAGAGAAAUUUGACACAGUGGAACAUAUAUCGAAAGAGACGAAGGAUUCAAUCGUGAAGAUAAUCAGCAAGUACAACAUCCGGUCUAUCAAAGGUAAUAAACACUACAUUCUAAAGGGGAAAAAGGAAAACGUUUCUGAUGCUCACAAAGAAAUAUUGAAGUUGUUGAUAAUUGAUCCCGAAAAGUCAAGAGAACGCCCGCGUCGAAAAAAUGUGAAACGAGGCACUGCUGAAUUUGCAGAGUCCAUGGCCCUUAAAGAAGCAAACAUUCCAAAUUACUGGGAACUGUAUAAAGACAACACAACCUUUUCGGAAAUGUUAAGGAUAUGCAAAAGUGCACUCGGUAAAAACUAUAAAAAGAUUGCAAUCGAUGCAAAUUGCCGAACCUAUACUAGAAUUGUAAAAAUGGUCAAUGGAACGUUUGAUUCAACAAAGAUUGGAUAUGGUAAAGACGCCAAAGGACUAGAAAAGUUAAUGUACAGCAAGUUGUGGAUAACAAAAAUACAAAGAAUAGAAAAUCCUCAGCUUUUUCGCCAGUAUGUUCAGAAAAGGCAGGCAAUAUUUCUUAAAUUGUCGAACGAAAAACUUGGCUGCUGGCCGACCGUAGGACAACUACCAAACAGUUCCGGUGAAAUAACGACAGGCAAUGACCAAUCCUACACAAUGGAAAAAGAUCUCUAUUCAGAGAUCAACGAAGUGUUUUUGUUUCACGGAACAAAACCAGACACGAUACAAACCAUUUGCAAUAAUGGUCUAGAUCAUCGUCUUUGCAGUGAUAAAGCCAUGUUUGGUUCGGGAAUAUAUGGUGCUGAAAAGGCUUCAAAGGCAGAUCAAUACACUGAUGAUUCAUCGACUCGCACUGGUGGAACUGGCAAGGAAAAGAAAAUGUUUCUGAUGCGGGUAACUCUUGGAAAAUGUUACCUAUGCACUAAUCCGAACCCGCAGAAAUACAGACGACCUCCAUGCACUAAGUGCAAAAGGGAUGACUGCAAGACCCACGAUUCCAUUUAUGAUUCUGUUGUCGGGGACAACAAGAAAUUAUUUCGGGAGUUCGUGGUGUAUGAUGAUUUGCAGUGUUAUCCUGAAUAUCUGAUCACGUAUGAACGCAGAUAAUUGAUUGCGGUUGGCUAUAAAGAGCGAACGUUUUAGACUUAUUUUGCUAGUUCUAUGAAUCGGAAUUUGAUCAAACUAAAUGUUUGAUUUAGAUCGCGAUUGUUUUAACAUGCAUCUUAAGACGAUGCAUAAUAUUUAAUACUUUUUUCUAUAUUAAGGUAACAAAGCUGAAAAAUCGCGGACAAUAAUUUCUAUCAAUUGCCUGUAUUCAUAUAUUAUCCAAUGAAUGGAUAUAUAAAGCUGAUUGUGUAAAGCUGUUAUAUGUGCAAUCAGUUUGAGCGUCACAAACAAGAUGGCAUAUGUCUGCGCUAGUCUUUUACAUGGUAUUGUUUCUCUAUCACUUUACAUAACGUCUGUGUGAUUCAUUUACUGGUAAUUCUUCUGCAUUCGUUUUGCAGAACGCCGGUAUUACUAUGAUCUUUAAAACACAUUGCGCCUUUUAUGAACGUUUUGGGACAAAUGUGGAGCUUACUUCCAAGUACGGAGUUAACGAGGUCGGCACCGUACAGUUAUCUGCCAACGGAGCUUCACGCACUAGUUUUAAGUUAUAUUUACCGAUAUUCUUGUCGAAGAAAUUGAAAUUAAAUAUUCGAAUUCGUCAAUUAAAAGGAGCAAUACUCGUACAUAAAUUUAGUGCUACUUAAAUUGUUACAAGAAAAUGUCGUCAUGCUAUAUUUGAUAAAAGUAAAAGAUGAAUGUAAAAAAAACAUGUUUCAUUUAUGUAAAUUUGUUUGCAAAUUUAAACAAAGCAUAAGCUUUUUUCCAACGAACGCUUCGCUCAUUAUGUACAUAUUACUAUAAAACUUGUAUAAAAUAACUGAUCCCUAUUCAGAUGUAUAACCAUAUUUCUUACAUGUCUACUUCUAGGAACUCUUUUAUCAGCGUUUUUUUAUAUAUUCCGAACAGAAGUCUUGAUAGUAUGCUUAUUCAGCAUUGAAGUCAUUGACCUGCUUUGUUUUAUUCGUUUACAUGCUUCAAGUAUUUGAAUUGUUUUGUUCUGCUUUUUAUGUUAACAGUGUAUACACAUGUCUCACGCAAAACCAUAGUUGUCGGGCUUUUGGAUUAUUAUAUCUGCUAUAAUUAUGCCAAUAAUAUGUGCUUCCGAUAUUGUAAUAUUUCCAUUAUUUAUUCUAAUUAUCGUAUAUAAGAAAAAAUAUAUUUUAGAAAUGUAAACACGUGUUACUUCGUCAACCUUCCGUUUUGAUUUAUACUGUCGCCAUUGUAUAAGUGCCUACCUGUCCAGGUUGCAUUUUUUUCCGCCAAAUAAGUACAGAAGAAUCUUAAGAGUUUUGAUACAAAAGCAGGAUAUAUUCAAGAGAAGCUGAGCACCGCUUAUUUGAUGGGUACGCAUUAGAAGUGUGUCUGGCGGUGUGCUAGGCGUGACGAAACACGUGAAUUUAAUGAUUAUCAUUGGAACACCUGUUUGAAGUAGUGUUUGGGUAUUGUGUAUGUGAUCUAGUAUGUUAAAAUAAGUUAAUAAUAAUAGUGAAUACUGUUUUUAUCAAACAGAAGUGAAACAUUAACAAAUAGUAACCAAGAACAAUACUUAUAUAAGCAUCAUGACUUUUACCAGAUGUGUACCGUGGGCACUUAAAACGCGCACUAUAACGGACAUUAACGAUGUUUUAUAAAAAUGAGUACCGUAGUCCCGAUGGUUUGUUAUAGAGCAAGAUUUCAUGGUCUUAAAAUAAAGUUUACGCAUUAACGUUAAAUAUAUGUUUCAGUAAGGCAGAACAACAUUAUUUUACUUCUGGUUUGCUAAUAUAUUGCCUUUUGUGGCUCGUCUUUGAUAAGUAACGUUAAAUACAACCCCAUUACCAAUUAGGUUCCGUUAUUCGUCUGCUGAUUAUCUGUUACCAGGAGUGAUCAAAUAAGUUUUGAUGACAGAAAGAAACUAAGAUGUUUAAGGAUAACAUAAUGUUAUUAAUUUGGUGAUUUCAUAUUUAUCAAGUUAUUUGUUCGAGAUAAGCUGUACGGGUUCAGACAAAAACUGCUUACCGAGGACAAAUAAUUGGGCCAAUAUGAGAUUACCUAGUUAAUAAGUAUUUAUUAAUUAACUAUAACGUAUAGUACGACAUUUUGGUUAAAACGUUCUAAUUAGUUACCUCAAGUUAUAUAUGAAGCAUAAUUAUCCAUUAUUCAUUCAAGGUGUCUGCUUUUCUAGACUUUACUCUGCUGAUUUUGACAUGCAUCCAUAAGU